GUUCAUACAACCGGCAACCCUGGUUUACAGUUUCAAUGUUUUUUACUGGUGCUGUGUCAUUAAUAAUCAAAACAUAGCGGCUUUAUCGGUGUUUUUCCUAAAUAUCAUGCACAAUUAUGAUUAAUCAUUCAAUUUAGUGCAAAUAUCCACGAACAAUAAACAUGGUCAGCUUAACCAGAAGCUUAAAUACCAAUUCUGGGGGCGCAAAUUUUUUUAGCGAAUCCGUUAACGUGGACGAUCGUGAACAUCUGCAGCCCAUUUUGGAGUCAUUCGGAGUUUUUAAACCGUUAAAAACCGCGCCUUUGUUUAGUUUGCAUUUGGUUUACACCACUGCAUUAAACAUUCUUGCUAUAGUUUUUGCUGUUAGACACCCUGACCAAAACAGCAGAUGUCGAGAGUAUUUUAUACUGAUUUACAUACAUAUUGGACUAUGGCUGCUGACUUUGGUUGUAGAUCAAUAUACGAAGAGGGCCCAUCAUAAUUUGAGGCUUAAUGGGUACCUGGAUUUUUACCAGAAGGUUUAUUUACAUACCCAUUUGCCUAUUUAUGUGGUCAGUUUGUGGAGUGUUGCCUUGAUGCUGGUUCAGACCAUAAUGCAACAUUUUUACCCUGACAAUUUUGCAGAAAAAUGCUUACAAGGAGGAAUGUCACCUAUUACAUACAUUUGCGCCUUGAUUAAUAUGGAGGGUCUUUGUCUAUUGUUUAUACAUACUCGUUACAUAAAAGAGGUUUGGAAAUUCAAUAAACUUAAGGCACCUCCAGAUGUGCAAAAAGAGGAAUGGGAGGGUUGUACUACCCCAGAAAAUUUUGGUCAAAAUGAAGUUGGUUAUAGACAAAUUGGCAACAAUGUGUUUAACUUUUUGGAAAAACAGGCUGAUUUAAUACGACAUCUAAAAGAACACAACUCCCGUUUGAGCGAAAAACUAAUGAUUUUGAGUGCUCAGCUUCACCAAGCUAGGGGCGGAGCGCCCCCAAGCGUUCCACAGGAAAUUUAACGAUUUGUUUCCACCACUUACCUAAAUUCUAGGUAUAAUGUGAUAUGAACAAAAAAUUAAACAAUAAAUCUAAGAAAGUGUUUAUGAUUUUUAUUGUACAUUGUAUAUUAAUUAAAAGUUUAAGAAAUAUCUUAUUACUAAAGUGACAGUCAAUAAUAAUAUAUUUUUAUAAAUAAUGUUUAACCUAAUAGUAAUUAAGUAGGUCUGAUUGUAAAAUAAAUGAUUUAUAUAGUUGAA